GGAAACAAAUUCCUGGACUUCACAAUUUUUUACAGCUGGAUUUACGUCAUUCCAUAAAAUCAGUCGGAUCAAGAACUGAAAACAUUGAAAAGUGAAAUCCACGGAGAAGACAGGGAAUAAGGAACCAAACGCCUUGCAGUUGCAGCCGCCAGCAGCGAUGUUGGUGCCACCAUGGGUGGAGAGUUUCUUGUCUACUCGGUUCUACAGCAACUGCACUAAGCAUCCCGACGCCGCACACAAGGACUGCAACAUGUUCUGCAUCGACUGCAGAAGCGACGCCUUUUGCAGCCACUGCCGAAUCUCACUACACUCGGGUCAUGCCGUAAUUCAAAUACGACGAUCGUCAUAUCAUAAUGCUGUGAAGGUGAUGGAAGUUGAGAAGCUUUUGGAUGUAAGUGGGGUUCAGUCGUACGUGGUCAACAAGUGUAAAGUAGUAUAUCUGGACCGGAAGGCACAGGUGAAGCCUAGUAAUGGUAAUGCCUCUCAUGCAUGUGAAGUCUGUCGUCGAGGUCUCUUGACCAACUUCCGUUUCUGUUCACUAAGAUGCAAGGUAGCGGGCAUAAUGGAGAAUGGGAAUGCAGGUUUGGUGAACGCCUGCAACAAGAGUGAAGAAGAGGGAAGUAAAGGAGAAGGAGAAAAGAGAUCGUCGCUAAAAAUAAAGUUCAGAGUAAGGGCGCCCCCACCGGCCAAACUCCCACCUUCUAAUUCUAGAAAAAGGAAGGGCAUUCCCCACAGGGCGCCGCUUUCAGGUCACCUGAUUGGAGUUGUAUAG